UGUUGCCCAGAACUACACGCAACCUUGAACAGGAAGGCUUUUGUCUUUCGAUCUUCUCGAAGCUUGCUUCCCUGUAGUAGAAGUCGAGCAAAGUCGCAAGGAUAAGGAAGUCGACCGCCGGAGUAAAUAUCAGAAGACGCGCACGGGUCGUGUGGUCUUCUCGCUUUCGUUUGAAACGUUUCGACAAGUUGGAAGUAGAGCGAGCCGGGCCUCAGUUCUCUCAGCCGAGCGCGGGUAGUAGUUUUUGAUAAAGCAGCACACAGACGAACACCAGGUUCGUCUUUCGUUUCGACGAGUGAAGAAACCUCGGCGCUCACAAGCAAAACAGUGCGUCAUUUUUCAUCAGUUUCCAUUUUUCGUACGUCGAUUCCUAGCUGGUGCAGCGACAAAUUCGUUUGCCCGAAGCGGGGACCCGGUCGCAUGGUAUAUCGCUGGAAAACAAAAGUAUAGCAUAGGCGGAGCGACCGCAGUGGGUGAUUAUGCUGGGGCCACCGCCGCCUCCGUGCGUCAGGCGGAAAAAAAUGUAAGUAAAAACCUUCAUUCUGUCUCUUUGCGGGAUUGAAAAUACGAAAACCACUUUAAUGCCAAAUUGACUCGUGAAUUGCAACUGGUGUCUUGACCCAGCUCCAAGCUUGUGCAGCCGCGGCAGUUACGAAGAAGUUUUAUCGACAAAAUGCUGCUCUUCACCUGCGUGGUGCGGAUCGGUUCUUCGUUGCUUCUCGGCCGGUGGCUUCUCGCACUGCUGCUGCACGCGGUUUUUUUGCGCGCUCGAGUGCAAAACAAGGUGGACCAGCACGUGAAAGAAGGAGAAAGGCCGGCGAAAGGGAAAGACUCGGGCUCCGGCUCCGACUCCGGUUCGGGCUCGGGGAGUGACUCGGGGUCGGGGAGUGCGGACGGUGACAGCGGGGAGGACGACAAGAAAGGCAGUAGCAGAAAAGCCGCGUCGGACGACGACAACGAUAGCAGCGCCAGUGGGGAAAGCCUCGGAUCAGGCGAGAGCGUAUUGUAUGCUGGGCAAUUGAUAUGUUCGGAUUUUUAUGAUAUUUCUUUUUGGCAAGACGACUCCUGGUCUUGCGUGUUGUCGGAAUGGUUAUCCCAAGCCCAACUACCGUUCUCCGUAAAAAUAUUCCACAGGACAAGAAGUCCGGUGAAGCAAGUGAAGGCGAUGACGAUGACGACAACGGUGCUGCUGGUGCAGUCAAGGACGCAGUUACGGAUGCCGUCGCGGAAGAGGCGACUGGCGCUGCGGUGGGAAUGAUGGGCGGCGGCCUGGUGAUGGGCGACGGCGACGGCGAUGCUCCGGUGGGCCCGGAAGGCCUCCCGCGGGGAGACGACGAGUCCGACAGCGAGGCGGACCAACCGACCACAUACCUCGGUUUGCAGAAAGUCAUCAAUGCUAAGGAUAAGCUCUGGGACUUGAUCCUUACCGACGGCCCAGAUCCGCGCUUGCACCACACCGCGGGCGAUGACCUACCCAAUAUCGCCUACAACGCGAAAGACUGGCACCGCCCCUGGCAAUAUCCGACGGAAAAAGUGGUUUUUUGGAAAUUUUCAUGAGGAGCGCCAAGCUUGUCCAAGUAAAGAAAAAGGAAAAGCAGCAGUCAUUGAAUCUUCCAUUGGUCAACAUUGACUGAGUAAGGGCUUAGCGCUCCCAAUGAACAGUAUCAGAAAUUUCUGUUAGGGUUGCAUGUGGUGCGCAUGUCAAAAAGUGUGUCUGUGAUAUACGAACAGAAGUGUAUGAACAUGUUCAACAUGUUGUUGCAGAGUGCAGCGCCGUUCUUGCAGUUCUAGCUUUAGAUUGAUAUUAGAUGUAUGUAGUCGAGGUUGGCAGGCCUUCUCUCCUCCUUCCAAAAGUUUCAUUUUUUCAAGGCAUACUUAAAUCAGAGUGAGCCGACCCGGGGACGAGAGGAUACCAAAGUAAGUUUUAUGAGUUAUCCCACUUUAUUUUUUGUCAUGCUCAUGCGCAACCGCAAGGCAAAAAGUCCAAACAUCUUGGUCUUCUUCUUCAUAGAUUGGGCUUCCUCAAAAAGAAAAAUCAUUAUGCCACAUUGACUCCACUUCUGCCAGGGAUCUGGGUAACUGGGCAAAUUGUUUGAACACUGAGUAUCUGUACCACAAGCCCGACAAAGACCCGGCGGUGAGAACGCUGAAGAAGUACAAUCUGCAAGGCAAAUUGUAUCACUACGUUGCGGCGGGAGAGUUCGAAAAAAAUGGAAACAAACACAGCGGACCCUGUCGCUUGUAUUGAUCUGAAUUACUUAUUUCAAUUUCGUCUUUUGGAUUUGCUAAAUACUUACAGCAUUUCUUCUUCUUAGACCUAUUUCAGGACAGCAACAUGCCCAUGCAUCGUUUGUAGAAUUUUUGUGCCACACUUCUUCCGACAGUUUUUGAUUUUGUCGACUAUUUUCUUUUGAAAUUCGAAACAGAUUUCUUACAAACGCCGGUUGGACCAUUGCAAGAGACGACGAAGACUGGGCGUUGUUCUGCAUAUCGUUGGAAAAAAAUGGUGUUUUAGUGCAACUUCGAAAACUUUCAAGAACUCAUCCCAAAGCAUCACAAAGUUUCCCUGCAGGGAAACACAACUGGUCAUGCGCAGGUAGUUCGUUUACGUAAAAAAAAAAUGAAUCCUGGCACAUAAAAAAUGCUUGUCGGGCGCAGGCCUGGUGACUAAAUACGAUAGCCGUCUUCUUACGAAAUUCUGCAAUACAAACUCAAGCUAAUAUACCGAUUUUUUCCUUCGACGCCGCAACUCCGAAGAGCAUUGCUCGCAGCGGUUCGCGUGCCGGCGGAUGACUGAAGCCAUGAGACAAGAGACCAAGGCUAUCACAGCGAAAAUUUCAACUAGCGUGCGGCUAUAGUAGCUGAUUCAUUUGAUUUGUAAAUGUAAUACACUCAUGAAAAAGAAAAUCUGUGAUGCGAUGGUGUCUCUCUGACGAGGGAUAGCAUAAGUAGCCUUGUGCUGUUUGCUGGUUUAGGUUUAAGACGUGCAUCAAGACGGGUGUAUGUUUGUGUACUAGUCAUUUUUGCAUUGCAGCAAAUAUGCUCCGCGUCGCGCUCUUUCUUUUCCAAAGGAUAAAGGUGAAGAAGCGGCAAGUCGAAAACGCGCUGGAAGGCGUGUCAGACGAGGGGGGAGGUAUAUUUCUGAGCACACGAAUCUUUUACUAGUUGGAUACGGUAUCUUUUCUGACCCCACUAUUCAUCAAUUAUCUGCGAUGCAUAAAUACAACAAUAUCAAGGGUACAACUAUUGAUGCUGUUGUAGUAGUUUUCUACGUGCUGUACUAGCUGAAAAGAAAUUUCACACGCAAAAAAAUCUUCAACCCCUAUGAUCAGCGAUCGUGGCUCGGAACAAUGCGAGGCGGGCGCAGGCAAAGCGAAUCACGAACGAAAUGAAGCGGGAGGAAACCCUAGCUAUGAUCAAUGCCGAGGAGGAGGACGAGUUGCGGGCCUUGACCAAGUCGAGCCGGAAGAGCGAAAGGCAAGUCAAUCAGUUGGACUGGGAGCAGCGCGACGUCUACGCCAUUGUGAACCGCGAUAAGGACUGCAACGACGUAUAGACUCAGACAAUUUGAUUGAUGUCUAGUACUACGGUUUUCGUUUUUUAGAUAGAACACUCGUCCGCCUCUCGGAAGACCAAGACGAGAGCGAUGCCCAGUCGUCCAUUUUUAAGUGGUAAAGAAUCAGCAUGACGAUCUUGUUGAUCGUGAAUCAUUUGAAGUCUUAUUUGUUUCCAAGCUAUAUGUCCAAAAAUAGCUCGUCGAGCGGCAGGGCAAUGGUUUGAACCGUUUGGAAUCUUGGGGCAUCAACAGUCUGAUUGCGGCCCACGCGGACGACCCGGCCCCCUGGAUUUUCACCCACACGGACCGGUCAAAACUCCGGGGCCCCAUGAAGAUCGCGCUCGAAAUCAACCCGAGCUGGAUCGGCGGCAACGCCGAGCCGCCCCCCGGGGACGCCAUCUCGGACCUGGAGAUCAAGGGCUUUUCCCGCGUCUCCGGGACCUACAGUUUCCUCCCCUUCCCGCCGAAAGAGGCGCCCGAGGAAAGCAUGAAACCAGGGCAGAAAAAAAACCGCGAGUACAUGGAAACCAGGACGGGUAUAGAAGUGCUGUUGGAACAGCUGUUUUUUCUUUUUUAUGGAUGAUAUGAGUGGGCACGAGCUCGUGCUUGCCGAUCGUGAUUACUGAACUGCAUCAAGACCAUGUAGUACGUUGAUUUAUUGAAAUUGAAAUCAUAUGAAAAAUGAUCUCUCGCCGUCCACUCACAGCGUUGCAAGCUACGGGCGCCGGCUUGGAUUUUCACUUCCAGCUAAUCGGGAAGGGGAAGUCAACAUCGGGCGUGUUAGGGAAGAAGCCAGAGGGAAACUAUCGGUUAAUGAAUACUCUCCGAUUUUCGUACGAUAAGGCCCACAAGGUGCGCAACUCCUUACUCUUCAAAUCUGCGGCGUCGAGCAGCAGUAGCUCGUUUCUGGAACAAAAUACAAACGAGAUGAAUGCAGCUCUUCCCAGGAGUUCAAAACUACUAUCAGAAGACGAGGACGGCGAAUUGCGCAUAGAAGAAAAUCAUCGAGCGAUGGAACAAGAAGAAUCAACGGCUUCGACCCCGCCGUCUUCGUUUGCUUCGUCCAAGAGAAACAAAAAGGCCGGCAACCUGCGCGGGGCGGGCAAGAGGAAAAGUGAAAUAGAAAAAGACGAGUCGCCGCUGCUGCUUUCCUCAACUUCAGUCUCCGUCUCGAACCAUGAUGAAAUAGAACCAGCAUCGUUGUCCUUGUCCUCCGACUCCGGUGGACGAUCUUCUGUUUCGAGCUCCGUCCUAGAACUCGCCGAGGAGCAAAAGCCACUCACCGGCUCGUUCGGGAGCAGCAAAGCCAGCUCGUUCGGGAUUUUGGGGGGGAAGGGCAGCGACGAGAAGCAGUACCAGUGGGCAAUCCAGCAGUGGUAGGCAUCGCAAAUGUAGUGUCUGGGUCUGGAAAUAAAAAGCCAAAGUUUAAUUAUUGCCACGCAGGUUUUCGUUUUGCAUGGCCCCCGCUCGGAAGGUCUGAAUCCGGGGACGAGCAUCACAAGUUUUGUGAGGGCUUUGUACUCCCUGGUUUGCAUGAGAAAUGGCCCUUCAUGGUGGUCCAAAGUCUGCAGCUUCUACUACUUACGCAUGGCAGAUUUUUGUGCGACCGAAAGAGAGCGUCACAAGUGUCCUCCUUUCCGGACCCAGAUAUAUUUGCAUUCGAUAGGCGGAAAUCGAACAAAUGGGUGGACAUGGUAAUCCUGCAGGCGGUAUCAAGUGCAACUAUGUCUGCGUCUGGAUCAGGAAGAUUGCAAGACGGGUACGAACAGAAAAAUCUGUCAUGCGUGUUGUUUGUCAUGCUCAUGCAAAAACGCAGCUAUUCGUAUGUAGUGAGGUCACCGAACGGCUCUAACCAGGGAGUUUUUUUGACAGCCAGACAGCAAAACGGCCGCCAGUUUUCAAGCGGGCGGAAGCGUUUUUGGACAUAAAAAAUUUUCAAUUAUCAAGCGGCCGGGGCUUUGUUGUCAAACAAGCCCGAGCCAAUUCUAUCGAUUCGCACUGGAUAAAACGACGCUGGGGAGCCGGCAAAAGGCGCGCCCUUUUGAGGCGCCCGCCGCCUUGGUUUCUGGCGAUUUGGGGCGCCCAAAAAGGGGCGCGCAAAAAACGCGCCCAAAAUCAGAACAGCGAAACAGCAUGGCACGGCCGCGAUUUCGGAGCAUUUUAUUGGGCGGCCGCUUUCGCGGCCGCCUUUUCGCCGGUUUCAGAGCCUGGGAAGCUUUGCAAAAAGCGCCGGCGUGAAAAAUAAAAACGCGAAAAAGAAGAAACGCCGAAGACGCGCAAUGCCAAUCCGCAUGCUAUGGGCCCGAUUUUUCUUCGCUUUUUGGGCGCCCCCCCUGGCACCCGGAUCGGCCCCAUAGCAUGGGGGCUGGCCUUCGCAAAGGAAUUUCGGAAAUUUGCCAAAAUUUGCGACGUUUAUCAAGCGGCCGCCAUACCGUGCGGCCUAACGUUACUCACGGCGGUAUGGCGAGCCCAGAAAAAGCAAAGCCGCGGCCAAGGCGAUGGCCGGCAAGAAAACGCCCACGACCUCACUACCUCCGCCCCGGCGGCUAUAUUUGGUAACGCAGCACUCACAUGAAGAUGGUAACCGUGUUGACUUUAAAGUUUGUCACAGACUUGCGCACAUCACAUGAGUGCAAAACAAGCUUCCCGACGAGGCAGAUCGAUAUUUGCAGUGCAUAGGCGGAAAGAAAAGGGCAAAAGAACGACCAGUUUUCCUUCAACAUUGGGCGCAACUUGAUCAAGUCCGGGGGCAAGACGCCCCUCUUCGAGCCGUCCCUGAGCAACAAAGAGAUGCACUACCCCGCGUUUUUUGCGACCAACCACUGGCCGGACAGCGGCGGCAGUUGGACGGUGACCGACGCGGCUCUGGGCUUCAUGAGCCUCACGGGUUCCUCCGCGAAGCAAGAGCUCACCUUCGAGCCCCAGGUGGAAGACGGGAUCGACACGGAAGAGAUUAUCGAACAACGCGGCGGAAGCACCAUGGGAGGUUCGCAGAGGGUCUCCCACUCCUCCUCAACCAGGUCGCGGGCGAUGAGCAGCCGGCAGCAGGAGUUCGAGCAGGUGGUUCCGUUCAACUCGCCGCAAAGUGUAUGCGAGAAAAGAACUGUGUAAGUGUAAGUCUGUGAUGCAGAAAAUGCAAAACAGUAUAAUUUUGUUAUGCUGGCCAGCCAGGGUGUCCUCUUUUCAUACGUGUUUUCACGUACUAGCUGUGCAUGACAGGACUUGUCUGUCAUGCAGAGCGAAUUUGUAAUGCUGUCACCUGAAGAGGAAGACACCUACACUAACACAGUUUUUUUCUUGCAUAAAGUGCCUGCUGUCUGGAGCUGGACGUUGGAGUAGACCACAAAGAGCAAGGAGAAGAAGAAAAUAACGCGCAGGUGGGCAUAGAGCAUGGCGUAGAAGAUGUGAACAACAACAGGAUCAUCGGUGGCGUUGGCAUCGCAGCCCCGGUUAAUGACAAUGAAGCCCAACAAGACGGUCGUGUGCUGCAACCGGAUCUUCAGGCGAACGACGUGGAGGUACCUCCUCUUCGAAGCGGACAAAGGAAAUCAGCACUAGAAUCUGAUGACGACGACGAGAAGAACAAGAAUGAAGCGGAAAUGAAAAUAACUCGGGCAGGACGAGAGGAGGCGGCAGCGUCCUCGUUUGCGGAAAAGAGUGGUGAACAAGUCAAACAACCGGUAGAGGACAAACACCAACUAACCGCACCAGUUGUCGGAACUACAGCAACUACAGGCAGGAGUAGCUCGUCUACUUCAUCUGCCGCCUAUAAGAAUUUCGCCGAGCAACGCACUGUGGAGGUGCCCGAGGUACCACCUUCGCCAAGUAGAUCUGCAGCUCCUUCGUCGAUUGAGCCCGGCGACUUACGAGGAACCAGCAGCAGCAGCGGACAAGAUGAUAGUCGUCCCACUGACGCUGGUCCGGCGACUGCUGCUCUGAACAUCAAGCAGUCUCAUGGUGCCAACGACCUCCAGGAGCUAGAUCACCCGGAAAGCAGCGACAGUGGGGGUGCUGCAGCAAAUACGGAGGGAGCAUCUCUCGAAACUCCAGUCCGAUUGCUCUCCCCGGAACACAUUGCGAGUUACGAAAACGUAUGAAUUGCAAAAAUGUCUGGGUCUGGAAGAUUGCCAGAUUUGUCAUGCAGGUUUUCCAUAACCCAUGAGGUUUAAUAUGUAGGACAUAGCAUGACAGAUUCUGCAAAACCUUUCCAAUGCCUAUCCUGCAUGAGAAACUUCCUCUCGAUUAGGUCAAAAGUGCACAACUUUUGGCAAUCACGCAACACAGUUUUUUGCCUGAUUCAGAUUUAGCAUGACAAGUUGCAUUCUUCCAGACCCAGACAUUUUUGCAUUUGAUAAAACGUGUUUGCCGAGGCCGUGUUGACGGUGGAUGGGGAGAAGAGCUUGGAGAAUUUGGGCGUGGUGCUGAACAAAAGGACCAGCACGUAUCGCAAGAAAAAAGUGUUACAGUUACACAUUGUGUUGCAGGCCAAGCAAGACAGACAAGCUCUGUCAUGUCGGAUAUGCAUAGGAUCCUCGUUUCAUAGGUGUUUUCCCGUGGGAUUUCUGCAAUACAAGUUUUUUCUCUCAUGCAGAGAAAUUUGUGUUGCUGAAUUCACUACAAAUGUGUAACUGUAAGGCUUUUUUCGUGGGAUAGCACGGGCAAGAAGUUCUUUAACGAUGCAAAAUUCAACGAUGAAGGUGAUCAUGAAAAAGCGUACUACAAUAACGCAAAGUCACAACAAGCUUCUUCCUCCUCUUCCUCGACGUCCACAGGCAUACCGAGCGGCAGUACGACUCCGUCUGGAGUAGGAAAAUCCUCGUCCUCUCAGAACAAAAGGCCCGGGAGCCCCGGCGAAGAAGCUGCCGCUGGGACUGAGGAUGCCUUCGCAGAGGUACAAGUACCGAAAAUGCAGCCACCAGAAGCAGAACAAGCGGGUGGUAGCAGCAGCAGCACCACAACCUCCGAAGCAGUUAAGUCUGCGCCUGAUUCGGGCAAAAGUAUUAAGCCACCAGAACUACAAACAUCAAAACGGAGUAAACUACAGCCCCCGUCCGUUCCGAGCAUGAAAAUGUUCAGCGGGGGAGCUACAACGACCGGCGCGGCGCAUGCGCAGGUAAAUCAAGACCAGCGAGCGCUGCAGUUGUCAUUCUCACCGACGACGGACUGGGUGGACGAUGUGAAUUUUUGGAUGACGGAGUACUGGACCGUGGUGCUGGCGCUGGGGAUCCCGGCAAUCAUUCUCUUUGUACUCUUCCGCAACCGCAGGUGGGCGAGGACGUGGGAAAUAGUCGAGCAGGAGACAAGAAAGUCGAAACAAGACACUCGAUAUUUUUCACAAAGACCAGCAAAUGGUGCAGCAACCGAUUUGCUAGUAGAGGACGAGGACGAAGUAGUAGAUGACAGGAGAAUUAUGAACAUCAAAGCGAAAAGUAGCAAAGAAAAAAAGGCUUCGAAAGAUAGGCAGAAAAGGAAUCAUUUUUCCGAGGAUGAUAACCUGAACUCCUCCUCCUCCUCCGUCGGUGCUUCCUCCUCCACUAGGGGACGAAAUCAUACGGGCAGUUCUGCGCUGCAAGGCCUCUUCGCUGGAUCAUACAGCACGACUCCUUCGACCGCGGUGACGCCACGGAAACUGGACAUCACGUCGAGCAGCGAGGACGGUGGAAGUAGAUCCACUCUAUUCGGGAGCUUUCUCAACAGCAUCGGCAAAAAGAUCAGUAGUGCUGGCGGUAGUCCGCGUGAUCAUAGUCGUGGGUCGACAUCUUCGUCUAAUAUGCAGGGCGGAGUUGUUGAUCAGCCCGGAGAGGAACUACAUCGUCAAACUGGUCCCCCUGGUGAACACGACGCAAACGAAUCCUCGCCCUCACCGUCUCCUGUUGCGUCCUCGUCCGAGCCGUGCGAGGAAAAUGAUCCUGCUGAAGCAAGCGACAGCGAAGAAGAAGAUGAGGAGCAAGAUAACACGAUGCUGUCGAGCGUUGGGCAUUUGUCUCCCAUCGCUAACGCGGAGGACGAACGGCCAACGCCGCUGCGGACCUGGCGGGACAUCGCUUAAGGAACAUACUUAUUUACACGGCGGGGGAAAGCAGCAUCGUAUAUAACGCAAGCGACUGCUAGCUCUCAUUUCUGAUGAGCAAAAGUUGUCAUCGUUCCUUAUCCUUCGUCCAGCAACGAAUCAAAAAUUAAUUGAUGACUUUUGUUUUCCUGUCUUGUUUUCGGAAGUAGAGUUUUCUCUGAAUAUCAAUAUCAUCUAAGAUAAUUGUCAAUGAACCAGAACCAGAACUAUACGCUUUUACAUUACAUUUCGGCCGAUGGAUCUGAUUCUGAAUUUGUUCGAAUUUACGAUUGUAUCUAUCUGAGGAUAUUGAAUCUGUAGGAUGAAGUUACAUGUGCCGAGGAAAAUAUGCGUUAGAAAUUUAGUCAAACGAAAUAGAGGAAAGCGAUGGAGGCGAAACUUGCUCCCUUUUUUUUGCCUAGCAAGCAGCAGCAAACUUGUAAGAUUUAGUGAUGGUGAAGAUAGAAAUCGGAAUCUAUACCAAAAGAAACGAAAAAAGAGGAGUCCUUUUUCGAGUGCUGCGCGCGGAUAGUGGUCCUCGAGCAGGAUGAUGAUAGAUUCUCUGCUGCUGCUGCUGCUAUGCCUACCUUCCUGCGUUCCAAAACUUGCGCUUCUUCAUACAGUAAGUUUGAAGAGAUGAACGUGAAC